AUGGAUGAGAAAGAAAUUCAGGAUUUAGAGCUGAACAGCGCACAGGAGAAUUAUGUGCCACCUCCGCAGAAGUCUGUUUCAGAAAUUAUUGCAACUGAUGCUAGUGACGAAAGUUUGAAUCGUUAUAAACAAGCACUUCUGGGUCAGGCGAAAUCUGGGCAAGUGAUUGUUGAUGCAACUGAUCCUCGCAAUGUUCUUGUACGUUCCAUCACGCUGGUUGUCGAUGGUCGUCCGAAUAUCACAAUGCAUCUUGACAGAGAACAUUUGAACGAGGCAUCAUUCGUAAUAAAAGAAGGAGCCGCAUAUAGGAUUCGUUUUGAUUUCCAUGUACAAAGAGAAAUUUGUACUGGUUUGAAAUAUAUACAGAAGGUCACGCGUCAUUCCAUAACAGUUGAUAGAGAAACGUUUAUGAUGGGUUCAUAUGCGCCGAAAAUGGAGAUGCAGUCAUUUACUACACCAUUAGAUGAAGCUCCAUCUGGUAUGCUGCAUCGUGGAACUUACAAAGUAAAAUCGCAGGUAUGCGAUGAUGAUGGUCAUAAUUGGUUAUCUUGGACGUGGGGCCUAGAAAUUGCAAAAGAUUGGGAAGAAUGA